GUUACAGAACUUUGUGAAAGUGAAACAAUACACAGUGUGGUGCAUGUGCUAUCAAGGGUUGACGAGCUUGUGCAAUAAAUGUCAGCGAGCGGCAGGCGCCCUCUCCAGACCCUUCAGAAGGUGCUGCAGUGACUCAGAGCCGUUUCUUCACAAUGAAGGUAGUGGUGACAUUAGUUCUGUAUGGCCUUGCUGGACAUCUUCAUCUUAUUUGUGAAGUUGGCUGUGUAAGUCCUGUGAAUUGCCAGUGGUCUUCAUACAGGGACUGGUCAGAAUGUGAUGGCUGCACAAAGACUCAGACACGUAGCCGCACAGUGUUAAAUUAUGGGCAAUAUGGAGGAAGACCAUGUUCUGGUGAGCCAGUUGAGAGAAGGGCUUGUGUGCCCACAAGAGGGUGUCCAAUAGAAGAUGGCUGUGGAGACAGGUUCAGGUGUUCCUCAGGCCAAUGCAUCAGCCGGUCACUGGUGUGCAAUGGGGACCAGGACUGUGAAGAAGAUGGUUCUGAUGAGCAAAGAUGUGAGGAAAUGAUGAAGUGUGAGGAAGAUAAAAUCCCUCCAAAUGCUGAACUCACUGGUGCAGGAUUUGACAUUCUAAAGGGUAAGGUCAGGAACAAUGUCAUUAACACAAAAAGCUUUGGUGGACAGUGCCGGAUAGUGUUCAGUGGGGACCACAGAUAUUACUACAGACUGACACAGUCUCUCCAGAAAUACACAUUCCAGGUAAAAAUCAAGAAUGAUUUCAGCUACGAGUUUUACAACAGCACUUGGUCCUAUAACAAGCAAACAGAAGACAUCAAGAAGUCAAGCCACGAUGGCAGUUUUCACCACCAUAGUGAUAUUGCAUCGAACAAUGAGAAGAGCCAUCAGUUGAUGAUUAUCAGGAAUGAGGUGGAGGUUGCGCAGUUCAUGAACAGCCCACCUGAGUUCCUGACCCUCUCGGAAAUCUUUUGGAAGGACCUGUCUCUCCUCCCAGUUACUUAUGAAUACAGUGCCUACCGCAAACUCAUUGAGAGCUAUGGAACUCACUUCAUAAAGGAGGGCUCUCUGGGUGGGCUGUAUAAACAUGUGUUUUAUAUGGAUCCUGAGAAGAUGAAUCAGAAAGGUAUUUCCAAGACCGAUGCUGAGAAAUGUACAUCUUUCAGCGUUAAUUUAUUUUUUGUAAGAGUGAAACACUCAGCAUGCAACAAACUAAUUGAAGCGCUCAAAACUGAAGAAGGACUUGCGUCUCAAAAAAUAAAAGGUGUGUCAUCUAUUAUUGGAGGGAGUGCUGCUUUUUCAUCUGGGCUGAAUUUUUUGGAGCUGAACAACCCUGCUGGGAACAGUGAACGAUAUGCCAGGUGGGCUGGCUCUGUGAAAGACAAUCCCAGUGUCAUCAAGCAGAAGUUGACACCUCUGCAUGAACUGGUGAAAGAGGUGACGUGUGCUUCAGUGAAGAGGUAUAACCUGAAACAAGCGAUUGAGCAGUAUCUGAAUGAGAAUCACCCGUGUAACUGCAAGCCUUGUCAGAACAAUGGCCUUCCUGUGAUUAAAAACACCCAGUGCGACUGUGACUGCAAACCAGGCACCACUGGACUUGCCUGUGAACAUGGAACUCCUCAGGAAGAGCAGCCAGGCGUGAUUGAUGGCAGCUGGAGUUGUUGGUCUUCCUGGAGCAUCUGUAGAGAAGGUCGAAGGUCCAGAGAUCGAAAGUGCGACAACCCCAGCCCCAGUGGGGGUGGAAAGUCCUGCAUUGGGGAGCACACGGACUCCAAGCUCUGUGAGGAUGAAGAAGUGAAAUAUCUACGUCAAAUUGAACCACAUUGUUUUGACACAACUCUUGUACCCAUCAAGUCAUGCCAGUCUCCCCCUCCACUCAUUAAUGGAUUGGUUCAGGAUCCCAAAGACCUUUACCCAGUUGGCAGUAAAGUUGUGUAUUCCUGCAUAGAAGGAUAUUACGUUGUGGGGGAUCCUGUAGCAAAGUGUGGUGAAGAUCUUCAUUGGCAGAGAUACUCUAUUCAUUGCCAGGGCGCGGUCUGUGGGCCUCCGACUCUGCAAUCUGAUGUCACUGGCACUCCCUGGAAAACAAGCUAUGAGAUAGGAGAGAAGAUUUCCCUGUCCUGCCCACCUGCAAAACAAUUAGAAGGGGCUUCAGAAAUUAUGUGUGACUCCAGUCUAAAUUGGUCACCUAAGUUAACAGGCACACAAUGCAAAACAGUGUUACGUGAUAACCGGGAAGCACUAGGAGGCCAGUGCCAACCAUGGCAAAAAAAACACAAUUCAGAGUGUGUCUGCAAAAUGCCCUACGAAUGCAAGUCUUCUCUGCAUAUCUGUGUCACAAAUGCUAAGACCGGGCAAACAGACGCCCUCACAGUUUGUAAGGUCUAUGCCCUGGAGUGCCUGGGGCGGGCAUACACCCCUGCUGACGAGAGUACCUGCAAGCUUCCAGGCUUCCAACCCAAGCCCUGCCCUGCCUGUCAGCUGUGGGAGAAGUGUGAUGAGCAAACCAACAUAUGCGUAUGCAGAGGAAUUGAAGAAUGCUCAGAGAAUGGCAGCAGUAUCUGUGUCCUUGCUGGAGAGAACCAUUUCAAACAGACAAUGUCUGAAUGUGAAGCGGGCUCGAGGAGAUGCAGAGGAGAAAACAUAUCUGUUGUCAACAUCAGACCAUGUGAAGCACAAGAGUAAAGGACGUCACUAUUUACUAUUGCCUCUGGUUAGAAUGGAUUUCCACGUAUUUCACUUAAGAGCCUUUUUCUUAUUGCAUUCCCUGUGAUAAUAGACCCGCUUUUUUGGUUGUCAUAUACAAAUGCAUCUAGUGCUACAGAGAGCUAUGUUAGAACUCAAUUUGUACAGACUAAUCUAGGACAUUGUAUUAAACCCUUUUGUAUUUGCAUAAAAUAGCCUUUUAAGGUCUUGCUUGUAUAGAACUUGAACUUCUUAUUUACAUAUCUCCUCCCAAGUAGCAGGUGGAGUCUGAAGGUAGUUUUUCAUAUGAUAGCAUGGCAAGAGUAGAAUUGCCUUCAUGUCAGAACUACUAAUUGCUGAGCACUGACUGUGAUUUCUGUCAUAAUAGCAGGGUACUUAUAUCUUACUCUGUGCCUGCGAAUUUCUUUGACUCUGUACUAACUGAAAAGCACCCAAAAUAAAAAAAAAAUGUA